CAAGUGGUGUAAUUUUUUCGGCCCGCUAUCAUAAUGGUAUUAGAUAGGAAGUGUUGUCAUCUCUAUUUAUCCACCUUGGUUUAUUUAAAAUAUUUCUUAUCAACGGUUUUGCCAACGUAUUUUCCCGGUUGUCAUUGAGUUGGUUCGUCGAACCAUUGAUUAUAGAAUAUUCUAUAAUCAAUGGUCGAACUUUAUAAGCUGUUCCCGCUUUUAUUUCAUUGUCACUAGAAACGUUUGGGACGUUAGGGUUGUUUAUGAUAACUAGUCAUUGUAAUUAGUCGCUUAACUAAUCAUUCUUCAUCCGUCUUCUUCGUUCUUGUGCUAUUCAUAUCGAUUGACUAUUUCGGCGAGCUGUGUCGCACGACUGGUACUCGAAGUACUUCGGCAUUAGUCGACACAUGAUGUCGUCCGGUUUAUUAAGAUUCAAUGCGUGAUUGUUCGUAGAUUGUAGUUCAGUAGUUAAUGUGUAGUCCACUGUCCGGCAGAUCUCUGACGAAAUCAUUUUUCCGAAUUUUUUAACAUGAACAAGCAAAUAAUUAAAAAACCUUUCCGUGUAGCAAUAGAAGGAAAUGUUGGAUCUGGCAAAUCAACUUUAAUUAAGCAUUUUGGAAAUUAUAUGAAUGUUGAAACAAAUCCAGAACCAAUAGAAAUGUGGCGAGAUUUAAAUGGUCAUAAUUUACUUCAAUUGGCAUAUUCUGAUCCUCACAGAUGGAAUUUCGCUUUUCAGCAUAAUGUACAAUUAAGUCGUUUAAAAUUACAAUCUAAACCAACUAAUAAAGAUAUUCAAUUAUUUGAACGUUCUUUGCAAAAUAAUAGGUAUUGCUUUGUGGAAAUGGCUCAUGACAAAGGUUUAUUAUCUAGUCCUGAGUACGGUGUAAUGUGUCAGUGGUUUGAAUAUAUUGAAAAGAAUGUAGACAUUGGUUUGGAUCUAAUUGUAUAUUUAAGAACUUUACCAGAAGUAGUGUAUAAAAGAAUGCAACGUCGUAAUCGCCCUGAAGAGCGUACAGUUGAACUUGAAUACUUAGUUGAUUUACACAAAUAUCAUGAAAAAUGGCUGAUGGAAAAAACAUGUAAUCUAUCUGUUCCAUUAUUGGUUAUUGAUGUUAACAAUGAUUUAUCAGACAAUCAGCUGGUAGACUUAUAUAAAACUUAUGAAAAAAAUAUAUUAGGUAAUCUACCAGUUCUUUGUUCUUGAAUAAAUUAUAUAUUAAUACAUUUA